GCGACUUGCCAACGCUCCACCUCCUCCUCCGCAGCAGCAGCAUCAGACGAAUGAAUCACCGCACCCCCUCGUCGGGGCCUUCGCGCCGCGGCGGCGGCCUCAGCCGCAACGGACUGAGCAUCCCGGGACUUAACGUGGACAUCGAGAUGCUCGUGCAGAGCACGCAGGGCUCGGCCAUGCACUUCGGCCGCAAGACAGCGGGCGAGAAGUUCCACGGCUGGCUCUGGAAGAAGUCCGGCCGCUUCUCUAAGUGGCGCAAUCAGCACUUCGUGCUGGACGGCGCGCUGCUGACCUACUACGAUACGUUCCCCACGGAUCAGUUCGUCUCCGAGUCGUCGCUCAUGCCGAUCGCGGGCGACAACCUGUUCACGACCAAGAGCGAGUCCACCCCCGCCGGCGCAGUGCGGGUAGCGCACGUGGAGACGUCGCAGAAGUCCAAGAUUGCCUUCAAAGUGUACGCCGUGAGCGGCAAGAUCAUCGAUGUUCGCGCCAAGAACGAGACGCUGUGCAGGCAGUGGGUGGACCGACUGAACGAGGCGGCUGCGCUCGCCAAGCGACAGGAGUCUCUCAACACCAGCACUACUAGCACGGCGUCAUCGACGCUGUCAGCAGGUUACUCGGAUUCGGAGCUGGACUUGCAGUGCAAUAUCGUGGACAAGAGUGGCUGGCUCGAGGUGGGCGACCGCAAGUCAAAGCGAGCAAGGUUCUGCGUCAUGCAGGGCAACAUGUUUACGGUGUACGACACGGAGGACGCAUGGGCGGUUCCGCUCAGCCGAGCGUACGUGACCCACGCCGAGAAAAUCAGCGAGGCCACCUGCGAGUUCUCCGUGUCCACGUGUGCUGGAAAAAUCACUAAGACGCUUAUGGUCAAGGCGAAAUCGCAUGACGAGAUGCACCUGUGGAUGGAGGCGCUGAGCAAUGCGUUCGAGUAG